GGGACCACAUAAGAUUAUAAUUUUGCCAUCAGAUCUGGAUUUCAAUAAUUUGUCCAUUACCAAUUUCAAAUCUAAAAUAAUUGAAGAAGGAUCCAAGCCAGAAAAUAUAGCUAAUGAGAGCAAAGAAAUAGAUGCAAAUGGUUCGGGUCAUUUAUUAAAAGCCACUACAAAUGCGAUAUCUCCUAAUCAAAGUACCUUAAUCAAUACGGCUAUUAAAAUAGACAAGCAAAAUGUUAAUACCUCUGCAUCAAGUAAAUUGAACAAUUCAAUUCCAGUAUUGGGUCCUCAUCAAGGAUUCCAAUUAGCCAGAUAUAUGGGGGAUAUCGUCAUAAUUCGACCUACUCCAAUCAAAGGAUCGCAUAUCAAGAGUAAAACAAUGCGAGUAUUAAGAAUGAUACGAGAUUUAAGGCAUGAGAAUAUUAACAAUCUUAUUGGUAUAUAUUUGAAACCAGAACCACCUCAUUCUCUAGUUUGGGAAUACUGUAGUCGCGGAAGUGUAGAAGACAUUAUCAAAGCAGAAAAUAUCAAACUAGAUUGGCAGUUUAAGGUUUCAUUGUUAACUGAUUUAGCCAAAGGAAUGAGAUAUAUUCACUCAAGUCCUAUACGAUGCCAUGGAAAUUUAAAAUCAAGGAAUUGUGUUAUUGAUAGUAGGUGGGUUUUGAAAGUAACGGGUUAUGGUAUGACAUAUUUAUCGGAAGUUGAAGAUUUUCGUAUAGAAAAAAGUCUGGAGGAUUUAUUGUGGGUUGCCCCGGAAUUAUUAAGAGAUCCUAUUUUGAUGGCAAAAGGAACACAAUCCGGUGAUAUAUAUAGUUUCGCUAUUAUUGUGCAAGAAUUAAUAGUAAGAGGGCCCCCAUUUAAUAAUAGCAACAUCACAACGGAAGAAAUUCUUCGCAAAAUUCAGAAACCUCCUCCUUUAAUUCGUCCCAACGUAUCAAAACAAGAUGCGCCACCACAAGCUAUUCAGUUAAUGAAACAAUGCUGGGCAGAACCACCUAAUAUGAGACCAGAUUUUAAUCAAAUUUUGGAACAACUAAAAACUACUAUUCAAGGAAGAAAAACCAACAUAGUUGAUACUAUGUUUAAAUUAUUGGAAAAAUACUCGAGUAACUUAGAAGAAAUAGUACAAGAACGAACUAUGCAAUUAGAAGAAGAGAGAAAAAAAACGGAAGCAUUACUUGAAAAAAUGUUACCUAAAUCUGUAGCUGAUAGUUUAAAGAUGGGAAAACGAGUAGAUCCUGAAAGUUAUGGAGAAGUGACAAUAUAUUUCAGUGAUAUUGUCGGUUUUACGACUAUCUCUGCUGAAAGUACCCCAUUUGAAGUCGUUGAUUUUUUAAAUGAUCUUUAUACCUGUUUUGAUUCCGUCAUUCAAAACUAUGAUGCCUAUAAAGUUGAAACUAUUGGAGACGCUUAUAUGGUUGUUAGUGGAUUACCUGAGCGAAAUGAAGAAAGGCACGCUAUCGAAAUAGCUACGCUUUCAUUAGACUUAUUACAUAGCGCCGGCACAUUUAUAAUUCGUCACAAACCUGAUAUUCGUUUAAAAUUAAGAAUAGGAUUGCACACAGGACCUUGCGCUGCUGGUGUUGUAGGUUUGACCAUGCCUAGAUAUUGUUUAUUUGGUGAUACUGUUAAUACCGCUUCAAGGAUGGAAUCGAAUGGAAAACCUUUGAAAAUCCAUAUAAGUUGGACACUACGGGAUAAAUUAGAAGCACUGGGCGGAUUUGACAUAAAAUAUCGCGGAGAUAUACAAAUUAAGGGAAAAGGAUUAAUGAAAACUUAUUGGUUAUUGGGAAAAAAUGGAUUCGACAAAUCAUUGCCCACCUUAUCAGAUGAUGAUGAUAAAUAAAUUCAUCUAUUUCAAUUAGGCCAAAUCAUUAAAAUAAUAUAUGCAGAAAUAAUUUUUAAUAAUUUUUUAUAUUAGUAUAAAUUUGUAAA